AUGAUAGACGAAAAGCUCGCCCCGGCAGAAUUCGAGCGUCUCUUUGCGCUGUCCUUAUCGGACUAUAACUCUCAAAUUCCCACAUGGUUGCGUUCGGUGGAUCCAAUCGAUGUGAGAGAAGGCGUGGAUGCUCUUUUGAACCAACUCAAGGCGGCCAACAAGAAGUCCAAGAAGUUGGAAGGUGUCCUGAGUUCCAAUGGCAUAUCCAUCCCAAUCGAUAUCCCCUAUGUGGUGGCCAAACAAAAAGUCAUUGAAAUCCAGCAACGCAUCAUGGGCGGGGAUGUUGACGAGAAAACAUACUUUCAGCUUUGCGCUGACUUGGAGAAAUAUAGCACUGCCAUGACAGCUUCAGAUGAAUACCACGAAGAAUUGAGGCAGAAAGAAAGAGAGUGGGAAGAACAGCAUCGAACCGAAAAUAGAGAUGCACUCAUCAAACUGCGAAGGCACAUGCCCGUCAACAUUCGAUUCUUGAGCGAAGACGCUUUGAUCAAGCAACACAAGUUGCCACCCAAGAUUGCGCGCAAAUUCAAACGAACCGACGUACUCAGCCUUAUUCGCAAGGCACCAGAGAACGUUGCAAAGAUGCAUCCGGGUAUUUUGGAAGGUCUCAAGACAGGCGGCUUGACCUUGACGGAACGACGAGCACUCUACGAGCACUUGCGGACCGUGGGACCCAAAUGGCUCAAGGCCAAGGACGACAUGUCCCAGCGCAAAGCGCAGUGGUACCAGAACUUCAAAUCCAAAUUUAAGGAACAGGCCGAUGCUUGGGCUCAACAUAAAAAGGAAUUUGGAUCACCGGCAACACACAAAAAAUGCAACAAGAUUGGAAUGCAAUGCCCCUUCAAAGCCGAUGCACAAUUAGACUAUUCGGGAGACUUUGGGUUCCCCAAGGGAGAUGAAUACGAGCAAGACACUGUCACCAAAGCGCCAAAACCCUUUGUCAAGGAAGACGAACAACCCAAGCGUGCUGCAAACCCUAUGGCAGCUGCCAUUUCUGCCAGAGCCGCCUCCAAACCCUCCUUUUUGGGAGAACUUUCCAAGAAGAAGAGCCCUGCCAGCAGCAGUACUCCCGCGAAAACAAGCAGUGGUACCACCAAACCUAGAACCACUUCGUUUACUGCCAUGAAGGCAAUUCCGAAAAAGAAUGCUACUCAAAAAAGCGUUCUCAAGGAAAUCAAGAAAAAGACGCCAGAAGAAAUUGCCCAAGAAAAGGCCGCACAGGCAAAGAAAGUGGCACAGGCCAAGUACGACGCGAAACGGGCAGCUCGCGACGACAUCCUGGAGACGCACUACAAAAAAAAGUCGGACGAUUAUCUUAUUGAUGCUCGAGCCAUCACUCAGGCCAUGGAAGAUUCCAUGGAUGAUAUCACCGCACUGCUCGAAGAAUGGAUCGAUUACGUGGUUCGGAGUGGCAAGAAGGAUCUGUCCGAAGAUGCCAUUGAAGAAGAAAUCUGGGAUUUCAAGGAUGCCGUAGACCCCAUUGGGAAUGUCGUGGAGCAGUACUUGGAGAGACUCGGGGAAGUCAGUCCGAGUACGGUCGAGUGCGAGUUAGCAGAAGACUUGUACUUGUGCGCCGUCGUCUUUUUCAACUUUAUCCAGUGGCGCAUGGGAGAACUGAAACAAAAAGAUGCCGAUCUGUCCAAGUCAAUUGCAGACGUGCAGUCCAAUUUGAAAAAGUUGGUGGCAAAGAAUGGACGCAAGUUGAAGCUGUUUGGGAUCAAGGCUGAGCGGACGCGUGAUAUUCCAUGUGCCAAGAAGAUUAUGGAAGAAAAAACCAGGCUGAUUAAAAAACAGCAAGAAGAACAAAAGGCCAAGGCGGCUGCGGCCAAAGCACCACCAAAGCCGGCCAAAAAAGAAGCUCAGCCUCUGAGCAAGUACUCUGACCACAAAACGAGAGAUUCCUUGAGCACUUCAGUGCACAAGAGGCAGAGCAAACCCGGAACGAUCGAACGGAAGAUGAGCUUUACCACACGGACCAUGGAACAUCAGGGCAAGGAAAAUUUGAAGUGGCAGUUGGUGCAUCAAGUCAAUGAUGCUCAAAAGAUGGUUCGGCGGUUGGAAUCAGCCAUUACUGCUGCAGGGUUGACGAUUCCCGAUGACACGAUUCCGUACCAGGAAGCUGAAGCCAAGAUUGCAGAGUUGUCCAAGCGCAUGGCGGAAAUCUCCUUCCAGCACCCGGACUAUUUCACGUUGGAGCAAGAAAUGACAAAGUAUAGCGCUGCGCUAAUGGCCUCCGACGAGUACCGCCGUGAGACAGAGCGACGUGAACGAGAGUGGGAGGCAAGCGUUCGCGAGAAAAACCGUGAAGCACUGAAACAGAUUCGGCGUCACAUGCCCGUGGAGGUUCGAAAGAUGACUGAAGCUGAACUUGCCCAGAAGAUUCCCAAGGCGAUUGCCAGGAAGUUCAAGAGGACGAAUGUCUUGCAGCUGAUUCGGGUCAAUCCCAACGAUGUUGCAAAAUUCCACCACUCCAACUUUGAAGGCUUGAGCCUGUCUGGAAUGACCUUGACUGAACGACGUGCUCUGUACGAGCACUUGCAUGCGGUUGGCCCACAAUGGUUCCGCCAAAAGUCCAACGAACAGAUUGAGCGCAAAUGGCUUUGGUUUCAGUCAAUGAAAAACAAGUUCCGUGAAGAGUUGCGAAAGUCCGAGACCCUUGGUGCUAAGUACAGUGCGGGCCAACCCGACUACAGCGGCAACUACGGGUUUCCAGAUGGUGCGGUGUACGAAGUGAUGGGUCAUGCCAAGGUAGAUUUGAGCCACAGUCAAAAGAGGGCCAAGGAGCUACGCGAGCAACGAAAGCAAGGCGGCAGGUAA